AUGGAAAUUAUUUACUUUGGCAUCAAGAUCUGCAGGAAUGGGAAACCUCAAAUUCUAUCAAUAUAUGGCAUUUCUUCAAAGGAAGUUUUUGGCGCACUGUAUAGGUCAGAAGAAAACAUUGAAGUCUUUUUCAGGUAUAUGAAUGAGGCUUGGAGUUUGCAUGGAAGAGAAGUACUGACUGCAUUUGAUCUUUCUGAAUUUGAAUUCAUUUAUGAUAUAGGUGGAAGCUGUGGUGCCUUAUCUAAGGAACUGAUUGCAAUCUAUCCAAAUUGUGCUGUGACCCUUUUUGACCUCCCUGAAGUAGUGGAAACAUCAAAGAAGUUUCAUGGCUUCUCAGAAGCAUCGCGGAUUACUUUGCAUGGAGGGGAUUUUUUAAAAGAUCCAAUUCCUGAAGCAGAUUUGUACAUUUUUGCCAGGAUCCUGUUUACUUGGAAUGAUGAAAAGUGCCUGCAGUUGCUAAACAAAGUGUUUAAUGUUUGUAAGCCUGGUGGUGGAGUAUUAAUUGUGGAACCAACAUUAGAUAAAGACAAGACUUUGCCUUUUCCUAUUGCCAUGUACUCCCUCUUAGUGCUGCUUAAUACUGAAGGAAAAGUACGGACCCCAUCAGAGUAUCAUUCAUUCCUCAGCACAGCUGGCUUCAAAGAUAUACAGCUAAAGAAAGGAAAUCUAUUUGACGUCAUUUUGGCCAGAAAAUAAUGUUGCUAAAGUUGCUUCAUGCCUGCCAAUUGUUGAAAGAAAAUUAUUUCAAUGUACUGUACUGUACAGUAUCUACUGACUUUGAUUAUACAGUGAAAUGACAGAGAAAACAAAAAUAUUGGUUAAAAAUUUUACAGAUAAACAAAAGAGAGAAUUUACAAGAAUAAUGAAUAUGCCAAUUGUAAAAAAAGUUAAAUACUUAGGGAUCCAAUUGAUGGCAAGAUGUGUAACUCUCAAAGAAGACAAUUACGACAAAUUGAAAGUAGAAAUUAAAUGGAUUUCGAAAACUGGCAAAACCUGCAACUGUUCCUAUUGGGGAGAAUAGCUAUGAUUAAGAUGAACAUCCUGCCAAGAUUAUUAUACCUGUUGUAGAUGAUUCCAAUAAAAUUGGGGGAAAAUAUUUUGAAGACCUAAAUAAGUUGAUAUUAAAAUUUGUCUGGCAAAAGAAAAAGGCGAGAAUAAAAUUAAAACUGUUACAAGAUCUCUACUUAAAAGUAGAGGAGAUUUUGAUCUUCUGGAUUACCAAGCAUUGGCACUUUAAUGGCUGAAAGAUUGGGUCAAUCUGAGCAAUAUAAGGCUAUUAACAUUGGAAGGUCAUGAUCUGCAACUGGGAUGGCAUGCCUUCUUAUGGUAUGAGAAGGGCAAGAUACACAGCUACUUCCAGAGGCAUCACAUUAGAAAUUCACUACUGCUAGCAUGGACCAAAAUUAAACAACAACACUCUUUGAAAGAGCUAGUAUGGUUAUCUAUAAUAGAGGCAUGGAUAUAUCCCAAUGUCAUUAAUAUGGAUAAAAUUAUUAGAUACAAGGACUUAUUAAACGAACAAGAAUGAAAAAGAUUAGGAAUUGACCUAUUAUGGUGGCCACAGUUGCAAAUACAAUCCAGCUACGAAAAAGACAAGCAGAAAUAUGUGUUUUUCAAUGAGCUGGACCAGAUAUUAAUGGGAACAGAUCAAAAAUUAAUUAAGAGACUAUACAAUUACUUAUUAACUUGCAAAUUGGAAGAAGAUCAAGUAAAAGAAACAAUGAUAAUUUGAGCUAAGCAUUUUGGCAGUACAAUAGAUUUGGAUAGGUGGGAGAAAUUAUGGAAUAGAAAUCAUAAACUUACAAUGUCAACAGCAUACAAAGAAAACCUCUAUAAAAUGUUUUACAGAUGGCAUUACUCACCUGCAAGAUUAGCGAACAUGUAUAAAAACAAAUUGGUUAAAUGUUGGAAAUGCAAUCAGACACCAGGCUCAUACUACCAUGUGUGGUGGACAUGUCCCAAAGCCAAAAAAUACUGAAAGAAAAUACACAUAUGGCUGAAAAAUAUGAUAGGACAACAAAUAGAUCUGAAACCUGAGUGUCAGAUCAGUCUACCGUAAGUCUCAGAAUGGGAGCCCAGCUGACAAAUACAAGAACGCAGUGACACUGAGAUAUUUUUGUUGGGCAUAUUUCCAGGAAAUUAUAAUAAGGGUAACACAUAUUUGGUUCUACACAUCUUGCACAAUGUUGGAAAACCCCCAAAACCCCCGCAGACAAUACUAUAAUCAAAAAAAUUCUGGAAUGUGAAGAGAUGGAUAGCUUAACCCUAAAAAUUAAAAGAAAAGCAGACUCGGACUAUUUCAUAACAUGGAACUAUUCUAUAAAUAGUUAAAUGUCAGAUAUUGAGGUUAGAGGAAUGGAAUUAGGUGAAAUAUGGUUUACAGGAGAAAGAAAAACAGAUGAGUAAAUAUUUUUGACAGUUAUAUAAUUGAUACUAUAAUGGAAGAUAUUAUAUGUUAUAAUAUGAUUGAUGUUAUCGCAUAUUUAUAUAUUACCACAUAUUUGUUUAUAUAUAUGAUCAUAAUGAUGAUGAUGAGUUUAUAUGCUUGUAUGUUAACACCUUGGACACCUAGAGAACACACUGCUCAACAUA